AUGGCGUCUCAACUCCUUCCUCUAGAACUCAUCGACAAGUGUGUCGGCUCGAGAAUAUGGGUCAUCAUGAAGGGUGACAAGGAAUUCAGCGGAACACUCUUAGGUUUUGACGACUACGUCAACAUGGUUCUAGAAGAUGUGACUGAAUUCGACUACUCCGGAAACCACACAAAACUCUCCAAGAUCCUACUGAACGGCAACAAUAUCUGCAUGUUAAUACCGGGAGGUGAAGGCCCUGUAGCCACAUGA